UGAAUUUUAUUUUAAAUGCAUUUAUUUGUUGUUACUUUUCAAAAUCAGACCUUUGACUUUAAAUCGCAUAACACUACAUUUCCUAUGACAUCAUGUCAGGACUUCCGUGUUCGCGUUUGAAUCUGCCAAGAAGGUGCAUGCGGUAAACAUCCGUAAGGUUAUUUAACUUUCGGCAUAACAAAAUAGUGAUGUCUGAACUAAAACCUUGUAAGGUGUGUAAUUUUACGCGACAACAAUCAUACGGUUUGGUUGUUCCUUCUUUGGACCAACUAAAGAUUAAAGGAAGCGAAUCUCUUGGGUUUAGCCCAAGUACCUCCGUCUCUGUGGUAUUAGAAGAUGAUGGGACAAUAGUUGAAGAUGAGGCCUAUUUCUUGUGCUUACCUACAAACACAAAGUUUAUGCUCUUGCAUGAAAAAGAGACGUGGGCCCCACUACGAAGAAUUGAUGGCGGCACAGCUUGGAUGACCAGGGAGUCUGUGAAUCUUGAGAGCGAUGCUGUGGACAGCUCAAUCAGUGGCAUCGAGCCCUGGUUCUACCUGGCCCAGCAACUCAAGAAGGACCUGGCCAGCAUCAUACUGAUGUCGGAGGCAGAUUUACAAACCCUAGUGGACGUGCCUUGUUUAGAGCUGGCCUCAGCCCUGGGCUUCCCGGAGAGGAAGGCGCUGAAUCUCCAGGACACUCUACAGAGAGUGUUGGACCGAAGGGAGGAAGAGCGACAGUCCAAGGAAUUGCUCCAGCUCUACCUCAAGGCAGUGGAGAGAGAAGACAGUCAAGAGGCAGAGCCUAGAAAUGACGGGUCAGGUGAUGUGGAUGUGACAGACGGGCUGGCGGUGGAUUCGGCAUCAGGAUUCAUGUCCAGAACGCUGAUGGUCCUCAAGGGUAAAACAAGCCCUGAGACCAGGCUCUCCAAUGAGGAGCUGCAGAUGGUGGUGAACAAAGGUGCACGGGCCAUGGAGCAAGUCCUGGGCUGGGACUCUGAGAGGACAUUGGCGCUGCUGCAGGCAUGCGAGGAGCAACUGAGCAGGCGGCUCCAGCAGGUUCAGGCCAUGCAGUACCUCCGUAGCCACACACAACAACAGGCCAGCACGCAGCCCUCAGACAAGAGCCAAGCCACACAAGCCAAGCGCAGCAAGUAAGGAGUAGGGGGAAGUUGCCCCUACACGCUGAUCUUGGGUGAGUUUAGCGUUUUCCCACUUAUGGUUAGGAUUAGGGAAGGGGAAACUGAUCCUAAAUCUGUACCUAGGGAAACUUCACCCCGGAGCCAGCUAAUAAUACCCCUCUGUCUCUGACCACAGAACACAGACUAUCUGCCUUAAGACUGAGACGAUAAGUCACUUUGGUAUUGAUAUAUGCCGCCCUCCGUAAGUAUUUGGACGGUAAAGCAUUUUUUCUUGAAAUCGAACAAUGACCAUGAGGUUAAAGUGCACACUGUGAGCUGUAACUUGAGGGUAUUUAUCUAUAUCGGGUGAACCAUGUAGAAAUUCCGUCACUUUUUCUACAUGGUCCCCCCCAUUUUAGAGGACCAAAAGUAUUGGGACAAAUUCCCUUAUUUGUGCGUUAAAGUAUUUGGUCCCAUAUUUGUAGCACACAAUGACUACAUCAAGAUUGGGACUACAAAUAUGUUGGAUAAUCCUGACUGAAUUGUGAAUAAUGAUGAGUGUGAAAGUUACAGAUGCAAAAAUAUCAUGCCCCCAAGGCAUACUAACCUCUCACCAUUAUAAUAACAGGGGAGGUUAGCAUUUUAUAUCAUACCCCCAAAGCAUACUAACCUCUCACCAUUAUAAUAACAGGGGAGGUAAAAAAAAAAAUGGGGGGGGGGGUGUGUGAUAUUUGUGCGUCUAACUUUCUCACUCAUCAUUGUUCACGUUUCAUUCAGGAUUAUCCAUAAUCAUGGUAGCAUCCACAUUAAUGUAAAAGUGUUAGAAAUUCAGAAACAAAUUGUGUUUUUAUUUACAAUAAAAAUGACUCAAGUGACACAAUACAUUAUUUACCAUUCAUUUCUAAUGGGCACAAAAUAAUCUGAAACACUACCAAAGCAAAUGCAUCCAACAAGUUUGUAGAGUCGAUGUAAUUAUUGCGUGCUAGGAAUAUGGGACCGAAUACUAAACUUUUGACUACUUUAAUAAACAUAUAAGUGAAUGUGUCGUAAUACUUUUGGUUCCCUAAAAUCGGGGGACUAUGUACAAAAAGUGCUGUAAUUUCUAAACGGUUCACCCGAUAUGGAUGAAAAUAACCCCAAAUUAAAUCUGACAGUCUGCACUUUACCUCAUAGUAAUUGCUUGAUUUCAAGUCCAAACUUUGAGUAUAGAGCCAAAAUAAGAAUAAAUGCUUCACUGUCCCAAUAAUUAUGGAGGGCACUGUAUAUCGCCUCCUGGUAUCAAUAAAUGCUCAUAAACGCUGACAUUAUUUGCCAAAUGGAUUGGUGCCCCUUUUGUGAGUAAACCACAUGAUGGCUAUCUCUUUAGGGACAUUAAGUAGAAGUGUUAUUAGCAUAGGUAGAUGUUAAUGACAGAACAAUUAGGGAUGGACCAACUGUGUGACCCUUUUGAUAUGUUGUCUUGGUCUACUUCUCCGGUACUUUACCUACUCAGGAGAAAAGUGUGACACAAUACCUGAUUCUUGCCCCUGGAAGCUGUAACAAAAUUAUGGUUGAUGUUAACUUAAAUUGUAAGCAAAUACCUUGGACAAUCCAUUUGUGGUCAAAGAUUGGUAACCCAGUGAUCUGUUGACAUUAUAUUUAAUCCUAUUUUCCUGAAGAUUUAAAAUGAGAGCUAAUCAUUCCAUUCCUGUCAAUUUUGUAUACUGAAUCAUUGAUAUGCCUCCUAAAACCUUGCCAAAUACUUAGCCUAUUUCUUCGGCCUACUUUGCUUUCCCUUUUAGUUAAUUCCUCUUUUUUUUUACUGCUCUGCAUGUUAUUAACCAAUAUACAUAAAAUAUAACUUAGAAUUGAUUCUUUUUGGGAAACAACCAGAAUUGGUUUAUCUAUCUGUACUUAAACCCUGUAUAUUUAGGAAUGUUAAUGUAAGAAAGGAUAUCAGAUUUGAUAUGUAAUUGUGAUGUAAGCGUGCAUCCGUGCAGUGUGGGCCCAUGUCAGCUAUCUGGUUGUAUUGACAGGACAUCCUUGUUAAUAGGACAGACUUAAAGGGCUGUAACAUCACAUUUGAAACCAAUUGUUUACAACAAGGACAUGGGGGCAGCAAGGAGGCACAUGUCAUGACAAUGAGAUGUCAACAGAAAAGUGUAUUCAAGGCAUUUAUGGUGACAAACGGAUGGGGAAACAUGUUAUCUUCACCUGUAUUAUGAUGUGAUUAUUGUACUCCACGUGAAUAUUAAUUGAAAUGCUCUUAAGUCCGUUACGCACUCGUUAUUGCUUCCAAUGUUCCUUGAAAGAAAAAGGUGUGUUCGGUUUGAAAUGGUGCAUCUUGGGAGCCCUCUGUAUGAAAUGAAUGAACAUGUACGUACUGUACAUAUAUUUUAUCAUUGAGCCACAGAGUUGUGUAAUCAAAGUUUUGCAUUGUGAUUCAUGAGGCUUUUUUUUUUAUGGAACUGUUUAAAAUGGAACUGACGUGGCAAGCGGAGUGUGUUAAAAGUAUGACAGCUUUUCUACAAUAAAGCGCACAAUCCUAA